AUGGCUUUCGCCGCCAUCCGUGCAACGCGUUUGUUUCGUCCCGUUAUGUCUUCUCAUAUCCCGGGUACUCGCCAAAUCUCCUUCUCGUCAUACCUGGUCACCCCCAAGGAGCUCAAUGAGGCUCUGAAAAAGAACCCGCCCACUAAAAUCUCCACUUCGCCACGAGUGAUUCCACUGUGCGCAGCAUGGUUUAUGCCAAAUGACCCUGAGGGACGUACUGGCAUUGAGUCCUUCCGCAAGUCACGCAUUCCGCAGGCCCGGUUCUUCGAUCUUGAUGGUAUUAAAGACCAGGACUCGCCUUACCCUCACAUGCUGCCAACAUGUGAAACAUUCGCAGAUGCCAUGAGUGAAUUGGGGAUUCGUCGUGAUGACGAAAUUGUGGUUUACGAUACCGCCGAGUUGGGGAUUUUCAGUGCCCCGCGUGUAGGCUGGACCCUUCGCGUUUUCGGCCACCCCAAUGUUCACAUUCUUAAUAACUACCGCCUUUGGACUCGCGAGGGACUUCCGACUGAAAGUGGUGAGCCUGCAUCCGUGGAGAAGAGCAAGUACCCCGUCCCGACCUAUGACUCGAAGAUGGUGAUCUCCUUCCGUGAGAUGAAGGAGUUGGCAUUGGACUACGGCAAGGAGGGUGCCGAAGAGGUGGAAAUUCUGGAUGCUCGCUCUUACGGUCGCUGGGCUGGAACUGACCCUGAGCCACGCCCGGGCCUCUCAUCGGGCCAUGUGGCUGGAUCCAAGAGCUUGGCUUUCCAGGAAUUGUUAGACCCGGAGACCAAGACCUACCUGUCUCCCGAGGAACUGCGCAAAGUCUUUGAGGAGCGCAAGGUGGAUCCUUCUCGCUCGAUCAUCAGCUCUUGUGGUACUGGCGUGACGGCGACUAUCAUUGAAACAGCUCUGGGGCAGGCCGAGUAUGGCGAUGCUAAUCUGCGCCGAGUAUACGAUGGCAGCUGGACUGAAUGGGCUCAACGGGUGAAGGAGUCGGAUCAUCUUAUCAGGAAGGUGAAGCAGUAG